CUAUUCCUUCUUGAAUCUUGACUUAAAGUUACAUCAGGUACAAAAUGUCGGUGGUGAGGUUCUCUAUUGCGGUGGGCCUCGUGGCCGUUUGUUUAUACUUCCUAAAGAUAUAUUUUGGUGGUGGUGUUUGCAGAGAUGAAACAAGGCUUGAUGGUAAAACAGUUGUCAUUACUGGUGGAAAUACUGGCAUUGGAAAAGAAACAGCGAUAGAUCUUGCAAAGCGUGGUGCAAAGGUCAUAAUUGGAUGCAGGAACAAAGAGAAAAGCCAAGCAGCUCUUGCCGAUAUAAAGCAAGAAAGCGGUAGUGAUCUUGUUUAUCUGAAGAUUUUAGAUCUUGCUUCGUUUUCUUCAAUCAAAGCAUUUGCUGAUGAGAUCAUCAGAUCUGAAACAAGGCUUGACAUUCUUAUAAACAAUGCAGGGAUAAUGAUGUGCCCAUUUACUAAGACAAACGAAGGUUUUGAGUCACAGUUCGGGGUAAACCAUCUUGGUCAUUUUCUGUUAACCAACCUGCUGUUAGAUUUGAUAAAGAAAUCUUCCCCAAGUCGCAUUAUUAAUGUUUCAUCGAAAGCACACUCAUAUGUCCCUUCGAUAAAUUUUGAAACACUUCACGACGAAGAGAGCUACUCUCGAAUAACAUCGUAUGGAAUAAGUAAACUUGCUAAUGUAUUGUUUACAAGAGAAUUGCACAAGAGAUUGACAGGCACGGGUGUGUCAACCUUCUCCCUUCAUCCAGGUGCUGUCAACACAGAACUGACAAGGCAUAUUGUUGGAGACAUUGGGGAGCUUUUUCUCAUACCAAUAAGAAAGAUUUUCAUGAAAGAUUCAAAGGAAGGUGCACAAACUACAAUUUGCUGUGCUGUUUCAAAUUAUGUUUUGCCGCAUUCAGGGGAAUAUUUUGCAGACUGUGUAAGAAAAGAAUCAUCUACAGCCGGAAAUAAUUUGACUUUAGCUAAAAAUCUCUGGGACUAUAGUGCUAGGGUAACUAAAAUUGAAUAAAGUUGCUAUCUAUAUAUCACUAAUGAUAGCAUCAUGAUUUUUGAAUGAGGACUUUAUAUUUCAGGAUUUGAAUGGAUUCAAAUAUUGUGUUGGAUUUGAAUUGCAGCAGUAUUUCUGAAGAUACUAUAAUUUCUGACCUUUUUUACUUACAGAUGUUCUACAA